UGCGGUGCGAUGAAAGGGAUGGGCUGUCGGAUUCGAAUGAUCCUCGCGUGAGCUCAUUAAGACGUUCCCACACCGAUUGAUAGGACCGAUCAUGCCGCAUCCUUCUCUCCUCCACCACAAUCCUCGCUUGUGUAGCAGGCAUUCUCCCGGCUGUCCAGAACGGCUUUCUUCUCGUGCGCAGCAGAGGUGUAGUAGCAGCGAGACAUCGCAAGUGAAUAUCAACUCAGCAGCAGAUUCAUUUCGAUGCCGAUGCAUGCGAGAGGUGCUGAGCAUAGGAACGGGGUCUUGCUGCAGACAGCGACUGCGAUGAUCGGUCGAGCACAGAUCACGUACAGUCUCACCGUCCACGGACUUCCAAAGCUCGUGGUUCGACACCGAGAAUCCGGCCACGGCACACACUCGGCAGCAGCUGUGUAUAAGAUCCUGCACCGGUCCCUCAUACAUAGUGCAUACACCCUCCCCUCGCGCAGCAUAUAUGCCCCGCUCGGACCACACCCGCAAAGCGUACACAGACGAGGAGAUGGCGUCCAUCGCGCGCAUCGUCGCAGACUUGCCUGCGAAGGCAGAUCUCACGCACGUCGACACGUUCGGGGCGCUGGGACUCGGCGGCGCACAUUCCAAACAUCUGUGGUCUCGUGGGCAUAAACCCCAGGGCUGGACGUAUGCUGCCCAGAAGGCGGAGGUUUUGCAUAAAGCCAUCGAGAUACUGAAGAAGCGAGCCGAGUGGAACGUCGCCGGCGUUUCUUUCACAUUCGAAGAAGCGCGACGCACGAUUCAACGGUCGAUCGACGACCUCGCCGAAGCAUCGGGCCACCCCAAACGCGACAUCGCCCAAAUCCUCAAGAAAACCGGCGACGUCGCGGCCGCCCAAAGUCUGCUUCUCAAGGAAGCAGCGAAGACAUGCGCAAAGCGCAAGAUGAAUGAGUGGGACCAGUCGGACUCUGAGGAGAAUGAGGGAGACGCGCUGAACACCGAGUCCGAGAGCGAGUUUGAGGAGCCACCCAAGAAGCGACGGUGCCGACGGAAAUCAACGAUGAAGGUUGACUAUUCUGAGUCGCCGCCUGCUAGCCCCGUCAAGAAGCCACAACGCCCUCCCCAAAGCGUCGUCCGUGUCAAGCGGGGGGAGCAAAUCGUCAUCACGACCUCGCCCUCUCCAUCGCCGGUGAAGAAGGUGAAGAAAAUCUACUCUCGCUCUGCCUCUGUAAAACCGAAGAGCACCCGGUACUAGUCGGCUGGAAUUCCUCGUGUACACUUUCUAGACGUACUACCUGUGUACAUACCGUAUUUUCCGCUGCUGCAAAAUGCGUUCGGCAAACGCCGGCGUUGCGGAUCAAUCGGAAAGACUUGUUGG